CAAUCAGCGUCACUUAAGAAUUUCAAAAAGCUCACCCGCCAUGAUUGUUGUGUUUUUCAGGCUGGACUGAGUCCGUUGUGCAUUGUUGUUACUGGGCAGCCAGAGGAGAAAGUUUGUUUUUAAUAAGCGUUUUAUCAGAAAAGAUCAAGGUACCUGAAGAUGGAUUCUCGAUUUGCUCACCUGCGCCAGCGGGACACCAGUGUGUCCAUGCUGAGGGUCAAAAUGUCCCGUAGGAGAUCUCAGUCCCAGAAGGAGAAUCGAGAACGGGCCGUGAACACACGCAGGCAGUUGGCCAAGCUGCAAGAGCUGGAAAUGUCUUCCCUGGAUGCCUCCAUCAUGGCCAACAUGUCAACCAUUCAGGAAAAGACGCUGAACAAUGCAAAAUCUGCUAAAAGCGUGGCUGUGGAAGAGAGGUUGAAACAGCUUGAACGCUGGAAAGAACGUAAGGCUCUUGAGAAGGAGAAAGAAAAGAGAGAGAGGGAGCGUAAAGGGGUAUUUAAGACGGGCAUGUUUCAUCCAAAGGACACCCUUACCAUUCCCUCGCUGCCUGUGGUCCCAGCUGCCUUAACCAGAGCUAAGGAGACAAAAGUAAACACGGCUCCAUCUCAGAAUACCAGGGUCACGCGUUCAAUGAAGCAGCAGCAAGUCCAGAGGACUCCAAAGGUGCAGGAUCCAAACGCUGCGGCAAAGAAAGCUCAGCCUGCUGUGGAGAGAUCAACCAGGACCCGGGUCAAGCCUGCACCAGGUUCUUUUAACCAUGUUUGUCAGGUAGAGCCUGUCGUACGAGCUUUGUCGACCAGGUCAGCCAACAGGCCUCCAGUUACAGCAGCUCCUCUGGUGAAAGACAAACCCAAGCACAAGUCUGCAGAUGUAAGAACCACAAGGAGCAGAGCAUUUGUCAGCCAUGUGGCCCCCCCUUCUGACCGAGAAAGGAACUUCAAAGCAACUGUCACCACUAUUGAGCCUGCAGUGCCCAUGGAGCCCGAGCUGACGGAGCCUGAGAUGCAGGAGACAGAGGACAAACCUCGUCCCCCAAGCCCGGCACCGUGCUCUGAAGAGGAAGGCAUGGUGGUGGACCAAGCUCCGGCCGGCUCUCUCCCUGCUGCCGAUCCCGUUGAAGCGUUUUCGUCUUUUGCUCCAGAGGGUUUUAAAUUCCAGGCUCCCACCGGUUUGUCGUCCUUCAAGUUGGAGCCUCUCACUCCUCGCUCAGCAGACGCCUUCCUUACACCAAGCCCCAGCUUCAUUCUUCCAGAGGUCCCCCCUUUCAGUGUCGAGCCUCAGGCUGAGCCAAGCAAACCCUCUCCCUCCCUACCGCGUACAUCUCCCACAACGGCCCCUCCAACUCCAGGCAUCCCCCUGGAAUCAAAGCAUGACGUACUAUACUUUAGAUCGGAAAUUGCCAAUGAGACGGACAGACUGACGACUCUGAGUGUCCACUGGGAGUCUAAAGUGGAGGAUGAGUCCAUCCCAGAAGAGAUGAGAGACUGCAUGCGUACUGCAGUAGGCCAGGCCAGGCUGUUGAUGAAAGAGCGCUUUGCACAGUUCAGCGGUCUGGUGGACGACUGCGACCUGGGCCGAGGCGAGAGGAUCACCACCUGCAUGGACCUGCAGGGAUUUUGGGACAUGGUGUAUUACCAGGUAGAGGAUGUGUACAAGAAGUUUAACGCUCUCAAAGAAGCAGAGAGCCGGGGCUGGGUGGAGGAGCACAAGCCCCCACCACCGCCGCGACAGAGGAAAGGAGUGAAGAAACCAUCAGCUGCACCUGCCAAGCCAACAGGAACUAAAGUAGCAGCCAAGUCUCGCCUAGCUGCUGUGAAAGCGGCCAUGAAAGCCAGACAGCAGGCAGAGAAGGCAGCAAUGGAUGUCGGAAACAAUCCAGCAGAGCCCCAACCCACUGACACGGUGGUCUUUGACGGAGGCUUCUUCCAGGUGGAGAGCCCAGCCAGACCAUCAGUCAUGUCUGUAGGUUCCGCAAGGAGAUCCAGCCGUCUGAGUGCUGCUGUGUUGCCUCAGGCCUCUCCCUGCUCCAGCUACCUCUCGCCUAGAAGAGUCAGUCGGCGAUCCCUUGCACUGGCACAGACUCCCCUUCACACCAUGGCCUCUCCUGCUCAGCCCGUCCACACUCCUGCCCACCUCAGUCGUGCCCUCAACCGAACCCCAGCACAAAUGCCAAAGUCUCAGCGUGGCACUCCUCAGUCAUCCCAGAAGAGAAAAGACACUGUAAAUGUCUCCCUUUGUUUCUCACCUGUCAAGGAAGCGCUUUCAGAUGACAGCCAGCCUGAAGGAAGCCCUGCUCGCCCGUCAGAAACAGUCCCCACACUGGAAAACGCGGCUUCUGUUCCUGAAUUGAGCACGGCCACACCCGUACGUUCACUUCCAUCCAUUUCUGUAGUCGAGGAGCAAGACGAGCCAGCUGAAGCGGUCGAUGUUGACCUCCCUCUCUCUCCAAGACUUUCCCUCUCUCCGUGCAAACCAACUCCAGCAGUGUCCCAGGCCCCUGAGCCCCAAUCUCUGAGUUUCAUGUUGUCGCCCUGUGUGACUCCCAGCCAGCCUUCCAUCUCCUUCCCUCCUGCUGUGGAGGCCCAGGAGUCUGUAUGUCAUACACCAGACAGCUCAGUUGUUGAGGAAAUUCCUGGUUUGGACUUUGAGCGUUACCUCCAGCCUUCACAGAGAUGCAGCCUGUCACCGCGGGAGACAGUCACCUUAGAUACGCUGUCCCCCAUGGCAGUGGAUGUAGAAAUGGAGAGUCCCGGAGCUCAGUCAGAGCACCUGCUUACUCAGCAAGAACCAGGCUCACUUCUCAUGUUGCCACAGCACAUCCAGCAGAGCCUUCCGUGUUAACUCUUCAGUCACCAAAGGCCCAAACAGCAGAGUCCAUGCUUCUCUUCACCCCGGACCUGAAGGACCGGAUACGCCAGUCUGUCUGUCCGAGUGACCUCAUGGUCUUCACCCCUCCCCUCUAAAAGACACGUUCUUUCAAAUAUUUUUAUUUUUUAACAUAUAGCAACUACUUUUGUUACUUGGA